GUGCAAGUGAUAUAAUGUGCAACGUUCGCCACGCCUUAUAACUAAAGACACUUAAGUCGUGACGGCGCACGGUGCCGGAGUACGAACGGAACGGAACCGAUACGCUCUGCGUGCUUUUAUGCGGCACAUUUAGGCUAUGCGGUGCAUGUCCGCCUUAGAAUAACUGGCACAGCAUUCGGUGCCGCUUUGGAGUCACCGGGUCACUCUGAGUCCAUUCGCGGACGUGCGUCUGGAUGCCGCGCUGCUUCUGCAUGAUGGGUGACGGAGUGGACAUCCCGGUGUACCACGAAAACCUCAGCAAGAGUGAUUGUGAGGAGAUACUGGGCAGGACAGGGCUGGAUGGGGCUUUCUUGAUCCGGGACAGUGAGACCAUCCAGGGGGCCAUGUGCCUCUGCGUGUACAAGAAGAAGGUUGUGUACACCUACCGGAUACAUCAGACUCACGACGGACUUUACACCCUGCAAACUUCCCCUGGCGUGAAGGAGAGGUUCUUCAAGACAUUGGAGGACCUAAUCAAGUCCUACAGGAAGAAGAACCAGGGCCUGGCCGCGAGAUUACGGCACCCCGUCAUGCCAGAGUCACUCCCUGCUAGCCCCAGCUGCGAAGAUGACAGUCAGGACUAUGAAAAUGUGGUGGACAGCUCGGAGUACGUCAUCGUCCUGCCAUCCUGAGCAAAUCCCCUGUGCUGGUGGAUCUGGUAUCUGGUAACUUCUACCCGAGUGACUCUGGACUUUAAGCUUCAUUUUGUACCAGACUGGACUGAGACUGAAAGCACGGACUGAGCUGAGGAUAUAUGCAUAUCCCUGGAGGACAGUUUUAAAAGCUUGACCUGUGCCAUUUUUAUGUUUAGUUGAAGAACUUUUAUAGAUGUCAAUGUACAUUAGCAUAAUCUCUACUAUAAUGCCAACACCUGCUAUCUUACAGUUUAUUGUAUUAAUGAUUUCUUCAGUGUUGCUUAUGACCCACACACUGUAAAAUAUCACCUCUCAAUGAAGACGUGUGCCUCUCAUAAUGUUAUUUACUGGAAUAUGUCAUGUUUUAUACCAAUUGUAGGAUUUCUGCUAAACUUAUUCAUAGGCUAUUUAGGGUGUUUUCUACUAUAACAUAGUUGUAAUGUGUAGUGCAUUCAGCAAGAAUUUAAAGGGUUGCUGUUUGUUUUGAGAUUAAAUUGACCAAGAAUUCAAUAAAAACAACACUUGAAUUGAUA